CCGCUCCCGGGGCCCCGCAGCGCCCGCGCCGGUGGUGGUCCGCGCUUGAGGAUCUGAAGCCGUCGUCGCCGUCAGCCUGACCAUGGCCGAGGAGCUGAUCUUAGAAAGGUGUGACUUGGAGCUGGAAGCCAAUGGCCGAGACCACCACACGGCCGACCUGUGCCGGGAGAGGCUGGUGCUGCGGCGGGGCCAGCCCUUUCGGCUGACGCUGCAUUUCGAGGGCCGCGGCUACGAGGCCAGCAUGGACAGCCUCACCUUUGGUGCUGUGACAGGUCCAGCCCCCAGCGAAGAGGCAGGGACCAAAGCCCGAUUCCCGCUGUCUGACGCCAUGGAAGAGGGUGCCUGGACAGCCUCCGUGUUGGACCAGCAGGACAACGUGCUCUCAUUGCAGCUCUCCACGCCAGCCAGUGCCCCCGUUGGCCUGUACCGCCUCAGCCUCGAGGCCUCCACUGGCUACCAGGGCUCUAGCUUUGUGCUGGGCCACUUCACCCUACUCUUCAAUGCCUGGUGCCCAGCGGACGCUGUGUACCUGGACUCAGAGGAGGAGCGGCGGGAAUAUGUCCUCACGCAGCAGGGCUUUAUCUACCAGGGCUCCGCCAAGUUUAUCAAGAACGUGCCUUGGAACUUCGGGCAGUUUGAAGAUGGGAUCCUGGACACCUGCCUGACACUCUUGGAUGUCAACCCCAAGUUCCUGAAGGACUGUGGCCGGGACUGCUCGCGCCGCAACAGCCCCGUCUACGUGGGCCGAGUGGUGAGCGGCAUGGUCAAUUGCAAUGAUGACCAGGGUGUGCUUCUGGGACGCUGGGACAACAACUACGGGGACGGCAUUAGCCCCAUGGCCUGGAUCGGCAGCGUGGACAUCCUGAGACGCUGGAAGGAGCAUGGCUGCCAGCGCGUGAAGUAUGGCCAGUGCUGGGUCUUUGCCGCCGUCGCCUGCACAGUGCUGCGGUGCCUUGGCAUCCCCACCCGAGUGGUGACCAACUACAACUCGGCCCAUGACCAGAACAGCAACCUGCUCAUUGAGUAUUUUCGCAACGAGUUUGGGGAGCUGGAAAGUAACAAGAGUGAGAUGAUCUGGAACUUUCACUGCUGGGUGGAGUCCUGGAUGACCAGACCAGACCUGGAGUCAGGGUAUGAGGGGUGGCAGGCCAUUGAUCCCACGCCACAGGAGAAGAGUGAAGGGACAUACUGCUGUGGCCCGGUCCCAGUGCGUGCCAUCAAGGAAGGUGACCUGACCACCAAGUACGACGCACCUUUCGUCUUCGCCGAGGUCAACGCUGACGUGGUGGACUGGAUCCGGCAGGAAGACGGGUCCAUGCACAAGUCCAUCAACCGUUCCCUGGUGGUGGGGUUGAAGAUCAGCACUAAGAGCGUGGGCCGCGACGAUCGGGAGGACAUCACCCACAACUACAAGUACCCAGAAGGGUCUCCAGAGGAGAGGGAAGCCUUCACGAGGGCCAACCACUUGAACAAACUGGCCGAGAAAGAGGAGACGGGGGUGGCCAUGAGGAUCCGCGUGAGCCAGGGCAUGAGCAUGGGCAGUGACUUUGAUGUCUUUGCCCACAUCACCAACGACACCUCUGAGAGCCGGGACUGCCGCCUCCUGCUCUGCGCCCGCACCGUCAGCUACAAUGGGGUUCUGGGGCCCGUGUGUGGCUCCAAGGAGUUGCUUGACCUGGUCCUGGAGCCCUUCUCUGAGAACAGCAUCCCCCUCCAUGUUCUGUAUGAGAAGUACGGGGACUACUUGACGGAGUCAAACCUCAUCAAGGUGCGGGGCCUCCUCAUUGAGCCUGCUGCCAACAGCUACGUGCUGGCUGAGAGAGACCUCUAUCUGGAGAAUCCAGAAAUCAAGAUACGGAUCCUGGGAGAGCCCAAGCAGAACCGAAAGCUGGUGGCCGAGGUGUCCCUGAGGAACCCGCUCUCCCAGCCCCUGACAGGGUGCAUCUUCACUGUGGAGGGGGCCGGCCUGACCCACGAACAGAAGCUCGUUGAAGUCUCUGACCCCGUGGCGGCAGGGGAGGAAGUCAAGGUGAGGAUCGACCUGCUUCCGACUGAUACGGGCCGACACAAGCUGGUGGUGAACUUCGAGUGUGACAAGUUGAAGUCUGUGAAGGGCUAUCGGAAUGUCAUCAUUGGCCCUGCCUAAGGGACCCCUACACCCUGCCCCACCUCGCCUGCUGGUAGUCCUCAAUGCCAUCUGGGCUCUAUCCCAAGAUAACAAGCAACUCUGCCCCUUAGGGCAGGAGUGGUCAUGGUGGUGUGGGGUCUUUGGAAGGGAAUAUGCUGGUCCACCUUGUCCCUCUGAGCCUAGGUCCCUCCUGUUCCCCUUAGCUGUAGGAAUAUUCUGCACCGGCACAAUGGUAAUCUUGACAUGGGCUGACCAGACCUGGGUGAGAUUGGUCCCACACCUCCCCGGCCAGCUGAGAAGCCUGAUGGAGAGCCAUUGCCCGUGUGCCAUACGGUUUGAUGCGUCCACAGCUCCUCAGCGCAGGCCCAGAAGGAGCGCAGACCUGCUGGCUGCAUUUAGACCAGCUCCCUCCAAUGUGUCCCUCCUCCCCAGAGCCAAGUGAGGAUGAGGAUAAGUGGGGAUCAAAGCUCCCCUUGUAUCAGAGCUACCCAGGCCAGCAGUCUGCCACCAGCCUCCCCAUUGCGAGGCUCCUACUGUGUGGUCAAGACAUCUCCUGUGCUCAUGGGUGCACACAGGGUCACCAGCACGUUGCACGGCCACGGAGACCCGCAGGGUGAGAGCUGUCUCCUGCAUGAGGAGGCUGCGCUCCGAGGGGAGGCGUCCCACACUGGGGCCAUCAGGCUCAUGGUCACAUGCAAGGUCUGUGGAGGGAGUCCUGGAGCCGCAGGGCCUCCGCCUUCCAUCUUGGAGUCGGUACUCCGUCCCUGGCACCAGCCCUGACCUGACAGUGGCAGAGAGGGCAGAAGGACACCCUUCAGGGAGAGGAAGUAGGGAAGGGGCAAGGGCCCCAGGGAAGCUAGGAUUCAAAGCCUGGGCUCAGCCUGGGCUUCUCACUGACAGCCCAUCUCCAGGGUCUGCUUGACCCCUUGCCUCUGAUGCCUGAUGUACCUGGUAGAUAAACAGCCUCCGGACCCACUCCCUGCUCCCCAUUGCUGUGACACACAGGCCCAGAGCCUCUCUGACAGGGAGACAGUGACCAUUCUAUCCCCAGCCUGUCCUGUUCCCCACCUGAGCUUAGGUUCCUCCCUCUAGAUCAGUUCUAGGGGACAGGAGUCUUGGUUGACUCUGUCCUGCCCACUAGCUGCCCUCACAAUGCCUAGAAUCCACGAGAGCCUUAACUCUGGUCACUCCUCAGCAAAGGCCAUGCCUCCACCAGUCCAUCUUCCCCAGGGGCCAGCACCGCUGGACACAGCCUUCCCCAGGGACAAACUUAGGACUUCAUGAGUUUGUCUCCUGCUCCCCCCAUCCAUGGCUGGGCCCCUCAGGCUAGAAGGGGGAUGCAGUGGAAAGGUCUGUAUAGGUGGUGAAGUCAUAGGUCUGGGAACCCCCAAUCCCAAUGAGGAACUUGGGGAAAAUUGCAAUGAUUCCUUUAAAACAUGCUGCCUUGCACAGAGAAGAACCACACGUGCCAACGUGUGUCUGUCCUGUACCACAUAGCUCUAUUUUUCUAGGUUUGUCAAAGCUUUGAGUGCCCAGCAGGCAGUAGAUAGCUUUUGAGCCAGAAGCACUGAAAUAAAAGUCUAUUUUUCACAUUCAAACAA